AUGACAGGCCUGAGACUCACCAUUCUGAUUGUCCCAUACAUGGUACCCCGUCCCAUGGAGAAGACCGGUAUGGUCCUCAUCGGAAUUCCCGUCAAUACCAGUCCCAAUGUCGAGAAUCGAGAACUUACAGGUGGGUUUGGGGCCCUCCUUUACCCGUGGUGGCCCCUCGACGUGAAAAGACUUAUUAUGCGGAGAAAUAUUGAGAAAUCGUCAUAG